CGUGCAUAUUUUGAAUUCACGUUCGCAAAAUGCGACGUGUGUCGCGAAGAGCGCGAAGAUAAUUCUCUGCCUCGAUUCUACAUUUAAUUUUCGACUUGAAAAAGACGAGUUCGAGUUUAUAGGUUACAAUUGAGAAAGAUACAUGCUGAAAGAGAACAUUCAUGUAUAUAAGAAACAUUCCUUGUAUGUGAUACGUGUAAUACGCUUUACUGCAGAAGUGUUUAGCAUGGGAGAUUCGACUGCGAAAAGCAGUCAUGCAGAAUGUGCUAAACCUCAGAAAAAAACGAUCUCGCCAGAUGUAAUGCUGCAUACCAGGAACGUGAUGAUUCCCGUUGUAAAACCCGUACCUCCCAAACAGAGCUUUAAUAUCUCCUACUUGGAGUACAAACCUGCGAUUUUGAGGGUACCGAACUACAAAAACAAUCCCGCAUUGUUGUUCUCAGAAACACCGUUGCAUACAUUAUAUGAUCCAAAGAAUUCACCUGAGGUAAAAAAACUCGGCCGCUGGAAAUGCAAGAAUCAAAGUACGAAAUAUACUACGUCUUGCUCAUCGAAGCGACUAUCUCGCAAGAAGAAGGAUAACAUGUUAUGCUUUCCUAAUACAACGUUCACACAAUUUGAGUCAUCAGCAAAUGACCAAGAUCUGCACAAGGCGAGCUCAAGAUCAAUAGAAUUGUCAAGGAAGUGUGAUCUGUCGCGGAUGAAAGAGAACCAGAUAAAACGUAGAAAUAUGAUUGCAGUCUUGCCAAAAAUAGAAGCACCAAUUAGUAGCGUCAUGAGUAAAUCAGCUGUAUCUUCAGAAAGUCAAUCAUUUCACGAUAUUGUAAACAGUAUCUCGACAGUAUUGCCACUAUCAGUGUCAAGUCUAAAGAUUAAAAAUAAGAAAACUUUUGCAAAUAUUGUAAAAAGGAAGGAAUCGUUAUCAAGCGUAACGUCAAAUCACUUGCAUCCCACUAACAGCGAAUAUGAAAUAAACGUUUUACAUUAUGAAAAUGACAUUCCAAGAAAUGACUUCUCACAUUUCACACAAUCCCAUUUGAAGUCGACUAACACGAAUUGGUCUUUUACUGAUGAUUAUAGCUUAACCAAAAUUCAGAAUUAUGAUUUUACUAAGGAAAAAAAUGUGAUGGAAAACAAGGCUAAAGCUGCACAUGAUAUUAAAUACUCAUGUGAAAUAAAUAAUUGGAUACUGCCUUCUCAAAGAGAAGAACGUGACAGUAUAUGUGAAACAAAAAUUAUUGGGAAGAAUGGUAGAAACCCUUACGAUUGUAAAAUAAAAUAUUCCUGGCAAGUUAUUGGAACUAGUACACAGACGUCGUACAGUCUAUUGCAAGAUUUAUUAAAUAAUAGUGAUGUAGAGGAUCAUAAUAGGAAUAUAUACAAGAUGCGCAUUAAAUAUUCUUGGCAAAUUAUAGGGAUGAGUACGCAAGCCUCUUUACAUAAUUGUAGUGAUCCAGAUUACUGGAAUGGCAUAUUGCUAGCACCAAACAAGAAUUGUAACGAGAACGAGAACGAAGCUCAAAUUGGCAAUAAUGAAAUAGUUGCUAAACCGCGAGAUCAUGUGAAAUAUUUAGAAAAAAGGUCGAAGAAAUACUUGAUAUUAAACAAUCAACAAACGCAAACCUUUGCUGAGAAAGAAAUUCAAGCUGACACUAGUGAUUGCAACGCAAAAUAUUCUUGGCACAAUUUAAUCAAGCAAUAUCUAAAUUUGAUUAUUUUUCCAGAUAUGGAACGAAUCCUGGAAGCACUGACCAAUCAAAAGUUGUCAGAUAAAUUGGAGAUAGACCAAGUUGACAAUCAUGAAUUAUUACAUAGUUAUAUGAUAAAACCAUUAACGCCAAAUAUUUCUAGUAAGAAUUCUGUGAUAUUCGAUAAUGGUAAUGAAAAAACGAAGAAGGAAGAACUUCUGACGAGAUUAACAUAUGCAUUAAAGAAAUUAAAUCAGUAUGAGCAAGAUCGUAAUAAAAAUUGGAAUACAGACGUUCCAUGUAUCGAUACAGAGGGUACGUUCGUUCAGAAAGGAGAAGCAUUACCACGUAAUGUGGAAGAAAAUGUUAAAGGCAUCAUCCAAUCCGCACAGGAAUACAUAACAAAAUUGGAUUAUCAAUUGAAAGAUCUUGAUAGUGCUGAUCAGCAGAUAGAAAAUAGCAUGAUGAGAACGUUGAAGGAUAUAGACGAGACGUUUCAAUCUUUGUUAGAUGAUGUAUGCAAUGAGAUUAAUAAGAGACGUGAACAUCUGAUAUUGGAAGCAGAAAUUCACAAGCAGGAGAGUCUGAUACCAUUAAGAGCUUGUAGAAAGGAGGUGGAGGCACAGAUGCGAAACGCACAGAAUAUCAUAUCGAUGAGCAAAGAUAUUCUGCAGCAACCACAGCGAUAUAGCGCGAAUGAGUUUGGAAAGAUUAUUUUUGCGAGUAAUGACAUAGGCAGGAUUCCGGCAGUGCCAUACUCCGAAGAGCUUCCAAAUAUAAACUUCGAUCGUCCAUUGAACUCGUACAAGGAAGAGAUCAUGGAGCAAAUAUCGAGAUUUGGCUGCAUCUCUCGUACAGUACCCGUUCACAUAAUGAGUAUUGAAGAGAGACCAGCGGGCUUGUUUGUUAAAUGGCACGUAACUAAUCCGGAAUAUAUCGCCGAGGAACAGACGUUCAUCGUGGAGAAAGCUAACGGGGAGAUUCUCGAUCCAACAUCGAGCAAAUUUGAAACAGUGUACAAAGGAUCUGAAACCUUUUGCUUUAUCAGAAAUAUACCUAUUGAUGAACCAAUUACACUCAGAGUUAGAAUACAAGCGGACAACGUUGCAAGGAGCAUACAUCACGUCGCACGGACUUCUAUACCAUCGUACAGCUGGGAAUUAAAUAACAAGGAUUAUUUGAUCACUAAUAAUGGUAAAAUUGCUGCAAAAGUUACGGAUGCCAUAAGUACAUUAUUCUCACAAGAUUCUCAAUUUGAUGCAAAUCACAUAAUUGAAUUCAAGUUUUUAGAAAUUCCGCAAGAAGGAAGCGACGACGAAGGUAUUGCAUUAGUUUACGAUCCGCAAGGUAAAAACGACACUUUAAAGAGAGCAGCGUCGCUAAUGAUUACGGCUCAAGGCAAAAUCUUCAUGGAUGGUGAUGAGAAAUUGAUGCGUCUGCCGAGAAUGCAUUCCGCUACACACAUUACAAUCUCCGCCUUCCGGAAAAAUGUUCACGUGUUGCGAGUGAAUAUUGAAUCUGAAAACAAAUGUGUUACAUAUGACUGGCGCGUACAAACUCCGCUGUAUCUUGCCGCUCGAUUUACAGAGCGCAAUAAGUGGCAUCUGGCGAUCGAGUAAAAAGAUGUGAGCUUUAUCACAAAAUACAAGACGCACAAUGUAAUUCUAGCAAUAAAGUGCCUUACGCAGAAA